GGUUAUUUUCGGUAAACUUCUGCCAUACUGUUUCCGUGGAUAGCAAAACAUUUUGUUAACUCAAAAAGAAACAAAUAAUAGAGUCUAGAUCUAGAUUCUCUAGAAAUAAACAUUUCACAAACAGAUGUUUCGAUUCAGCUAUGUCGACUGUCAAAAGACUCUUUGUGGUAUUGGGACGUCUGCCUUUGCUUUUUAUAGUUGAUAGUAUUCUAAAAGGGACGCUUUCUAACUGGGCUUACAGUUUCGGUGAUUUUCAGUCAUGGGACUCUUAUUUUUUUAAAUCCACGGAUGAACUGGAUAAUGAUCUUCCUACUGGCCUUGAUGAGGAUGUUUUACAACAGCAGCCUUAUCAUAUUAUCGCAAUAAUUCUCUGGAAUUUGUUCCUAGUAUUAGUUAUAAUAUCAUCACUGAUUCUGAUAUGCAGCCCGAUAGAAUCAUUGCUUGAAGUUUACGGAUGUUGUCUUGGAUUUAGCUUGCUCAUUUUCUCAUACCACUGCAACAAACGUUUGAUUCAUGGAUUAGGACAACUAAAUCAAGAAAAGACUGAUUAUGACAUUAAGGAAACCAAACAUGUCUCCAAGAUGCCAUCUAUGUCAAUAAAUAUACUUACUCAACUUUUUAUUGUGCUAGCUUUUGAUCAGAUUUGUAUAGUGGGUACAUUGUAUAGAAACAAAAUGCUUGCUAAAGUAGCUCGUUACCCUAUAGAUAUUUUUCUCUUUAUAUCUUUUACUUUACCAAUAUUUUUGCAUUCUAUUUUAGGUGACAAGCAUAUAAUUUACUUAUGGUCUCCUAAGUUGUCAAUCUUUCUUCCAUUAGUUCUCCUUCUAAUUCAUUCAUUCUUUGUAAUUUUAACUAUAAUUGCCAUUGUCUUCCCUGUGAUGAGAAAUGUGAAAGUUUUCCUGAGAGAAAUGGGAAUAGAUGGUCUACUCAUGCGUUUAAUGGAACAAGCUAACAUGGCAUGGCUCUUGAGGAUUUUUUUUCUCUCAAAAGUUGUUUAUUAUUCAGCUACAUCGACUGUUAUAGCAGAAGGCCCAGCCUAUAGUGAAAUGUUUCAUUUAAAAUGGUCUGAAGUGUUUAGUAUGUCCAAGCUGCUGGUUUUAGAAGUUGUUAAUACAAUGUGUGAAACUAUUCUGUCAGUGAUGAGCAUGGCAAGCAUAAUUAGUAUAAUUAGUGGCGGAUGUUUAAGUGUAAUAUACAACAUUAUUGGUGCCAAUGAAGAAGAAGAAAGUUUUCAGCCUGCAGUUUCAGGAUUUUUAUUUGUUCUGUUGGCUAUGCAAACUGGAAUUACAAGUAUUGCCAGUGAGGCAAGACUUCAGCUUUUAUUUCAGAACUGCAUCCUGCUGCUAGUUGCCAAUCAACAUUUUAUCCAGACAGUUGCUGCUGAGCUGCUUCUUAAGGCCAGCACUGAUGAUAUCCUUAUAAAGAAGCAUCUACGGCCUUUAUUGCCUUAUUUCUUUUUUUUCUCAUUUCCCUUUCUGGUGGUUCUACGCUUGUGGCAGUAUCCAUUUCGUAUUUCUUGGCUUCUGGCUAUAUCUGCUUUUAGUUUGGAACUGGUGAUAAAGUCCAUUACAACUCUAGCUAUUUAUUCACUGAACAUGUUGCAGUCUCAUAUCCACUACCUACAUGAACAUCUAGAUGAUUUCAACUUUUACAUUAAGGCUGUUUGUGGGUGUUUAGAGUUCUGCUGUGGAAUUUUUCUGUUUUUAAAUGGUGCAUAUAUAUUUAUUUUUGAAUCGGGUGGAAUAAUAAGAUUUGUGAUGAUGAUUAUUCAUCUAUACUGCAAUAUAUAUCAGACAGCUGUCAAAGGAUUGGCAACCUAUAAACUUAGACAGUCUGCUUGGGAAAAGGUAAAUAAACUACCGCCUGCCAGUCAAGAACAACUGGAUGAAAAUGAUGACAUCUGUCCAAUAUGCUACCAAGAUAUGACGGAGGCUGUAGUUGUCAGGUGUUCACAUGUCUUCCAUAAAAAUUGUCUGCAGAAAUGGCUUUCAAUAAAAGAAAAUUGCCCACUGUGUCAUGUAGAUCUUCGAGAAAAUGUAGAGCCAAAGUCAAAUGAUACAGAAGAACUAGCCAGAUAACAUUUUCAUUUUGUUUUACUUCAUUUUGUUAAUUUAUUGUUUUUUUUUUUUUUUUGAUGACCUUAAGGUUAGAAAUAUUUGAAUGAACAUACAUUGAUACCCUAAUGUCAUAACUUUCUGUCAUGGUUAUCUCUCAUGCAAGUGAUCAUUUUUUAUCAUGUUUGUGUGUAUUGGCUUGUCUGUCCAUGAAUAAUUUGUUACUGAUUUUAAAAAUGUGCAGAAAUAUUAAUAAAACUUGGUUGUUCAUUGGUUUUAUUUUAUAAACCAGUCUCAUAUCCAACAAGUGUUUUGGUUUUUACAGUUUUGUACUUGAAAGGCCUAAUUAUUUGUAGUCCUGAGUGAUUUAUUUUUGUUGGAUUACUGCUUAAUUAAGAAGUUUGCAGUGCCAAGCAAUGGCAUGCAUCUUUUCUUCCACACUACACAAAAUUCAUUUUA